GUUAAGAGUUAUUGUGAUUAUUUACUGUGAGUUGUAAAGGCUGCAACACUAGAUGUUAAAAAUACUUUAUCACAAUUGUAGAAGUAAGUAUUAUCAUUAUUAUUGGUGAUAAGUGGAUACCUAAGUAUGUAUAAUAAUGUAGGGCGGAUUCAUCUUUUUAAAACGUGUUGCUAUGUGUUGUGAUUGUAUCCUAUGUUUUGUGAAGUAACUAUGUGGUAGAGUAUAAAGUAGAAUAUUAACAUAUAUUCCUCUGCAAUGUAGUAGUGUAGAAGGAUGAAGUGUGAAACGAAAAUGCUCAACUCAAGUUCAAAUGUGUGCUUCAGUGCAGUACUUGAGUAAAUGGACUUUGUUAAUUGGAUCAGUAUCCAAUCUGAUUAGUUCUCAGAAAGAAAAGCUAAAUAAUAGUUACAAAAAAUAUGUAUUCAUUGUCAUUUAUUCAUCAUACAUACAGAAACAGAAAACUAUUCUGCAGUGACUACUAUGUGGUUUAAUCAGUCUAAAAAGCAAACAGUCAUCCACAAAGCAAAUCUUUUUAAAGUACAUUUGACUUUAUCUCUACUCUGACUAGAACGUAGGUAACCUGAUCUGAUCUGUGCCAUGAUGGGAAGUUUGGUCUGUAAUUCCUUUCUUGUCUGUGGACACAUCUGAGGUGGAAUAAAGUUAUCUAGAUUUACAUUAGAAUUAGGAGGGAUUAGCUCAUCAUCAGUUUAUUCUAAGGAUUUGGGUAAAAACAUUUGGUGGGUUUGUAUGUCAGUAAAGAAGACUACAUCUACAGUUAACAAUUGAAGUCAAGGAACAAAUAACAGAAUGCCAUUUUAUGAAAAUCAAAACUAUCCACAGCAAGUUCCCUUCGUGUACAGACAGCAUUUUAUCAUGGCCCACAUCUGAAUGCUAACAGAGAAAUGUGGUUUGAUCUGAUAAAAGCACAUAUGAAGCCUCGCCCAGAGUUGGGUUAACUCAUAGCAACAAGCUGCAACUAGCAGUCGCUCCACUUUUGAUUUGCUUUUGACAACAUGGACGAGUCAGACAGAAGAAUUGUUAUCUUGGGGAAAACUGGAGUUGGGAAAAGCAGCGUGGCUAACACCAUAUUUGGAGAAGAACUCUUCAAAGCAAUCAGUUCUGCCAAAUCAGGAACAAGUACAUGUCAAGCAGAAACCAGACCUGUCAAUGGAAGAAGCAUCACUCUGAUCGACACUCCUGGUUUCUUCAACACAGAUAUAUCAGAGGAGGAGCUGAAGACUGAGAUAUUAAGGUGUAUGAUAGAGUGCGCUCCUGGGCCCCAUGCUUUUCUCAUUGUGUUUGAAGUGGGUCUAUUCGCAGAGCACGAACAGGCCGUCAUCACAAAAAUAAGCAAAGACUUUUCUGAAGAAGUCUUCAAAUACGCAACAGUUCUCUUCACUCAUGGUGACCAGCUCGAUGAAGGACAGACAAUUGAGGGGUUUUGCAAUGAGAAUAAGUUUGCAAGUGAUCUGUUGAAGAAGUGCGGCGGCCGCUGCCACGUCAUCGAUAAUAAAUACUGGAAGAAGAACCAGCAGGAUGAAUACAGGAACAACCAGGUCCAGGUGAAGGAGCUACUCAAGACAAUAGAUAAGAUGGUAAAGGCAAAUAAAGGAAGCUGCUACACCAAUGAGAUGCUACAAGCAGUGGAGGAAGAAAUACAAAAAAAGGAGAAGCUGAUUAGACAGUCAUCAGGAAACAUGUCUCAGGAAGAAGUCAGAAAGCAAGCUAAAGAGGGAGUAUUUAAAAGGCUUAAGAUCAAACUGGCAGGCAUUGCAACAGGUGUAUUGUUAGGAGCUCUUUUUGGUGGAGUAACGAUGGUUGGAGAAGUUCUCUUAGUGUUGAAGAAAAGGUUGUCAGUAGAAGAAGCAGUAGGAGUAACAGCAGCAGCAGCAGUAGCAGUAGCAGCAGGAAGAGUAGCAGCAGGAAGAGCAGCAGCAGCAGCAGGAGGAGUAGGAGCAGUGUAUGCAGUGUAUGUUGCAGCGGGAGCAGUGAAAGGAGGUGUUGCAGGGUAUCAAGAAGCGGAGGGAGCAGACUCACCACGGGAAGCAGCACAGAGAGCAGCAAAGGCUGUCAUGGAUCAAGCACUGUCUCCCUGGGAAGAGCUCUUGUUGAACAAUGAAAACCCUCACUCAAAGAAAGGGAAUUGAAUAUCAUUGAAAAGUCACAUCUCUGUGUAGAUUGCAUGAACAUAGUAUUUUAAUGAUCUUUAAUCAGUGAGCUGAUAAUCUUUAUUCAUAAGUAAUAUGCUAUAUGUUGGCUUUGUUAUCUGAAGUUCAAGCUUGAUUCGCUCAUUCCCUUUUCACGGGAUAAUUAUCUCUUAUGAAAUAACUUUACUCACAUUAACUUGAGAUAUUGGACAUACACUUCCAACUAUUCCAUGUGUAUAUUGUAUUAACCAUGGAGGAAAACAGUUUUUGCAUUUUUUGCAUUUUGCACCUCUCCUACUUUGUAUUGCAGCUAUUGCUAAGCAUUUUCCUUUUGCAAAACAUAGCCCGGAGAGGAUACUUAAUCUAUGAACAGCAUCAUUUUUCUGGAUAACAGUUGUGGCUCUCUGUGGAUUAUAAUGUAUCACCAUGAAAAAAAUUAAGAAUGAAUAAAUGGAAGGCUAUGAAAACA